AACACCUAAGUAUCAAGAAAUGGUGGAUGCUUAAGUAGAAAAAUAGUUGGUAUCGACUCUCUCAUUGUACAAACGGGUGGGAGGCUCAAGUUACCUCCGGCUUCUUUUCACUGAGCUCCGACAUUCAGCCAAUCACAUCGCUUGUAAUCAAGUUCGCCUUCUUUUCCCGAACUCAAAUUCCUCAGUUCAUCCUCGUCCAUCAACCUCAAUUGACCACAACACUCCUCUCCCACGAUGGCCUCCCUCUCACAGACCUCGCGCACGCUGUUGCGGACAGUCCCGCGUAGCUCAAUUCCUUCGAUGCCGGUCCGCGCCCUCUCUACAUCUGCUGCAAAGCGUGAUACAAGCUCGUUCGAUUCGCCCUUCAAGGGCAUGGGAAACGACAAGACUGCAAAGAUCCCGGACUUCAGUCAUUACAGGAGCAGCUCGGGUACCAACAGAAACCUGCUCUUCCAAUACUUCAUGGUCGGCACAAUGGGAGCGUUGACGGCUGCUGGAGCAAAGGCUACCGUGCAAGAUUUCCUGGUCAACAUGUCUGCAUCUGCAGACGUUUUGGCCAUGGCUAAGGUCGAGGUCGACCUUUCAGCUAUUCCUGAGGGCAAGAACGUUAUCAUCAAAUGGCGAGGCAAGCCAGUUUUCAUCCGCCACCGAACUGCCGAUGAGAUCAAGGAAGCCGAGAGCGUUAAGAUUGAGACAUUGCGGGAUCCUCAAAAGGAUGAGGACCGAGUCAAGAAGCCAGAAUGGUUGAUCAUGCUUGGUGUUUGUACUCAUCUUGGAUGUGUGCCCAUUGGUGAAGCUGGUGACUUCGGAGGGUGGUUCUGCCCUUGCCACGGUUCUCAUUACGAUAUCUCUGGACGUAUACGAAAGGGACCAGCUCCAUUGAACCUCGAGAUCCCUGCAUACGACUUCCCGGAGGACAACGCUCUAAUCAUUGGUUAAAGUGAUGGUGUAUAUUGGGGAAGGGGUUUCUUUUGUUGGAGGGAGCAACAUAGAUGUGGUAGAGAUCGCGGCUUUGUAGAAGAUGUGGCCGCUGCCAUUGUGUACAAAAGAUCAUCGAAAUGCAUUGCCAAACACGCCCUUUGUCGCAGAUGCAUGUGCUACAGUUAAACUUCUAGG